CGCGGGAAAGGCGCGUGUCGGCUUUUCACUGGCGCAGCCGGCAGGGCCGCUGCCGCUCCGCCCCGUCCUGGCGUCGUCCCAGGCGCCGUAGCGGACGAAGAGCGGCCUGGGCUCGGGCAGCAAAGGGGACGCGAGAGGCGCGUGUGCCGCGGCUGCGCGGCCGGUGACAGUGGCGUUGUAUCUCUGUCCAAGGACAUACACACUCGCUCCCUUUUUAAAACAGUCAGUCCAAGGGGAUCUCUGGGGGUUUGCUGUAAAAUGGAACUGGUGGUUGUACUCACUGGCCUGUGGCUGUUCUCCUCAGUAAAGGCAGAUUCAAAAGCUGUGACAACCUCUCUUACAACAAAAUGGUUUUCUACCCCAUUGUUGUUAGAAGCCAGUGAGUUUUUAGCAGAAGACAGUCAAGAGAAAUUUUGGAAUUUUGUAGAAGCCAGUCAAAAUAUUGGAUCAUCAGAUCAUCACGGUACUGAUUAUUCCUAUUAUCAUGCAAUAUUGGAAGCUGCAUUUCAGUUUUUGUCACCUCUACAGCAGAAUUUGCUGAAAUUUUGUCUAUCUCUUCAUUCUUACUCGGCAACAAUUCAAGCCUUCCAGCAGAUAGCAGCUGAUGAACCUCCACCAGAAGGAUGUAAAUCAUUUUUUUCAGUGCAUGGAAAGAAGACUUGUGAUUUGGAUACUCUUGAGACUCUUCUACUAACAGCGUCUGAAAGACCCAAACCUUUAUUGUUUAAAGGAGAUCACAGAUAUCCCUCAUCUAAUCCUGAAAGCCCAGUGGUGAUUUUCUACUCUGAGAUUGGCUAUGAGGAGUUUUAUAAUUUCCACCACCAACUUAUAUCAAAAAGCAAUGUAGGGAAAAUCAAUUAUGUUUUCAGACAUUAUAUAUCUAACCCCAGGAAGGAGCCCGUUUACCUCUCUGGCUAUGGAGUGGAAUUGGCCAUUAAGAGCACUGAGUACAAGGCCAAGGAUGAUACUCAGGUGAAAGGAACUGAGGUAAACACUACAGUGAUUGGUGAAAAUGAUCCUAUUGAUGAAGUUCAAGGAUUCCUCUUUGGAAAAUUAAGAGACCUGCACCCCGACCUGAAGGGACAGCUGAAGGAGCUCAGAAAGCACCUUGUGGAGAGCACCAAUGAAAUGGCACCUUUAAAAGUUUGGCAGUUGCAAGAUCUAAGUUUUCAAACGGCUUCUCGAAUCUUGUCUGCUCCUGUUGAGUUGGCUUUGGUGGUUAUGAAGGAUCUUAGUCAAAAUUUUCCUACUAAAGCCAGAGCAAUAACAAAAACGGCUGUGAAUUCAGAACUUAGAACUGAAGUGGAAGAGAAUCAGAAGUAUUUCAAGGGAACUUUAGGAUUACAGCCUGGAGAUUCAGCUCUCUUCAUCAAUGGACUUCACAUUGAUUUAGAUACACAGGAUAUAUUCAGUCUCUUUGAUGUGUUGAGGAGUGAAGCUCGGGUAAUGGAGGGUCUGCAUAGGUUGGGAAUAGAAGGCCUUUCUCUGCAUAAUGUUUUGAAGCUGAACAUCCAGCCCUCUGAGGCCGACUAUGCAGUAGACAUCAGGAGUCCUACUAUUUCAUGGGUCAACAACCUAGAGGUUGAUAGCAGAUAUAAUUCAUGGCCUUCUAGUCUACAGGAGUUGCUUCGACCCACCUUUCCUGGUGUUAUCCGGCAGAUCAGGAAAAACUUACAUAACAUGGUUUUCAUAGUUGAUCCUGCACAUGAGACCACAGCAGAGUUGAUUAACACAGCUGAGAUGUUCCUCAGCAAUCAUAUACCACUAAGAAUUGGUUUUAUCUUUGUGGUUAAUGACUCUGAAGAUGUUGAUGGGAUGCAAGAUGCUGGAGUGGCUGUUCUUAGAGCGUAUAAUUAUGUUGCCCAAGAAGUGGAUGAUUAUCAUGCCUUCCAAGCUCUGACACAUAUCUAUAACAAGGUGAGAACCGGAGAAAAAAUGAAAGUUGAACAUGUGGUCAGUGUCCUCAAGAAGAAAUAUCCAUAUGUCGAAGUGAAUAGCAUUUUGGGGAUUGAUUCUGCUUACGAUCAAAAUCGAAAGGAAGCAAGAGGCUACUAUGAACAGACUGGAGUCAGUCCCUUGCCUGUUGUUCUGUUCAAUGGAAUGCCUUUGGAAAGGGAACAGCUAGAUCCUGAUGAGUUGGAAACCAUCACGAUGCACAAAAUCCUGGAGACCACAACCUUCUUCCAAAGAGCAGUGUAUCUGGGUGAACUGUCCCAUGAUCAAGAUGUGGUAGAGUAUAUCAUGAAUCAGCCAAAUGUUGUUCCACGAAUCAAUUCCAGGAUUUUGACAGCUGAGCGAGAGUACCUGGAUUUAACAGCAAGUAAUAACUUCUUUGUGGAUGAUUAUGCUAGAUUUACUGUCUUGGAUUCCCAAGGCAAGACUGCUGCUAUAGCCAACAGUAUGAACUAUCUGACAAAGAAAGGAAUGUCCUCCAAGGAAAUCUAUGAUGAUUCUUUUAUUAGGCCAGUAACUUUUUGGAUUGUUGGGGAUUUUGAUAGCCCUUUUGGACGGCAGUUACUGUAUGAUGCUAUUAAACAUCAGAAAUCCAGUAACAAUGUUAGAAUAAGCGUGAUCAAUAAUCCUAGUGAAGAGAUAAGCUAUGAAAACACUCAGAUCUCCAGAGCAAUCUGGGCAGCUCUUCAAACGCAGACCUCCAACUCUGCCAAGAACUUCAUCACCAAAAUGGCCAAGGAGGAGGCUGCAGAGGCCCUGGCUGCGGGAGCUGACAUCGCAGAGUUCUCGGUCGGGGGCAUGGAUUUCAGUCUUUUUAAAGAGGUCUUUGAGUCUUCCAAAAUGGAUUUCAUUUUGUCUCACGCCGUGUACUGCAGGGAUGUUCUGAAGCUGAAGAAGGGACAGAGGGCUGUGGUCAGCAAUGGAAGGAUCAUUGGGCCACUGCAGGACGGUGAGCUCUUUAACCAGGACGAUUUCCACCUCCUAGAAAACAUCAUCUUAAAAACUUCAGGACAGAAAAUAAAAUCUCAUAUUCAACAGCUUCGGGUAGAAGAAGAUGUGGCAAGUGACUUGGUAAUGAAGGUGGAUGCUCUCCUGUCAGCUCAACCAAAAGGAGAUGCAAGAAUUGAGUACCAGUUUUUUGAAGACAGACACAGUGCCGUAAAACUGAGGCCGAAGGAAGGGGAGACAUACUUUGACGUGGUGGCUGUCAUUGACCCUGUCACCAGAGAAGCGCAGAGGCUUGCCCCAUUGCUCUUGGUUUUGACUCAGCUGAUAAACAUGAAUCUGAGAGUAUUUAUGAACUGCCAAUCUAAACUUUCUGACAUGCCUUUAAAAAGCUUUUACCGUUAUGUCUUAGAACCAGAGAUUUCUUUCACUUCAGACAAUAGCUUUGCUAAGGGUCCAAUAGCAAAAUUUUUGGAUAUGCCUCAGUCUCCACUGUUUACUCUAAAUUUGAACACACCUGAGAGUUGGAUGGUAGAAUCUGUGAGAACGCCAUAUGAUCUUGAUAAUAUUUAUUUAGAAGAGGUGGACAGCAUAGUGGCUGCCGAGUAUGAGCUGGAGUACCUGUUACUGGAAGGUCAUUGCUAUGACAUCACCACAGGCCAACCCCCCCGAGGACUACAGUUUACCUUAGGAACUUCAGCCAACCCCGUCAUCGUGGAUACCAUUGUUAUGGCCAAUCUGGGCUACUUUCAGCUAAAAGCCAACCCAGGAGCUUGGAUUCUCAGACUCAGGAAGGGACGCUCUGAAGAUAUUUAUAGAAUCUACAGCCAUGACGGUACAGAUUCUCCUCCUGAUGCUGAUGAGGUUGUUAUUGUCCUCAACAACUUCAAAAGCAAAAUUAUUAAAGUGAAGGUUCAGAAGAAGGCAGACAUGGUGAAUGAAGACUUGCUGAGUGAUGGAACAAAUGAGAAUGAGUCUGGAUUUUGGGACUCCUUCAAAUGGGGCUUUACAGGAGGACAGAAGACUGAGGAAGUAAAACAAGAUAAAGAUGACAUAAUUAAUAUUUUCUCCGUUGCAUCUGGUCAUCUCUAUGAAAGAUUUCUUCGCAUAAUGAUGCUAUCAGUGCUGAAGAAUACCAAGACUCCUGUGAAAUUCUGGUUCUUGAAGAAUUAUUUGUCCCCCACAUUUAAGGAGUUUAUACCUUACAUGGCAAAUGAAUACAAUUUCCAGUAUGAGCUUGUUCAGUACAAAUGGCCCCGGUGGCUUCAUCAGCAAACUGAAAAACAGCGCAUCAUCUGGGGUUACAAGAUCCUCUUCCUGGAUGUACUUUUUCCACUAGUUGUUGACAAAUUCUUAUUUGUGGAUGCCGAUCAGAUUGUACGAACAGAUCUGAAAGAGUUAAGAGAUUUCAAUUUGGAUGGUGCCCCUUAUGGCUAUACUCCUUUCUGUGACAGCCGAAGAGAAAUGGAUGGCUACAGGUUCUGGAAGUCAGGGUACUGGGCCAGCCAUUUAGCUGGGCGAAAGUAUCAUAUCAGUGCACUGUAUGUCGUGGAUCUGAAGAAGUUUAGGAAAAUAGCUGCUGGUGACAGACUCAGGGGACAGUACCAAGGUCUGAGUCAGGAUCCUAACAGCCUUUCAAAUCUUGAUCAAGAUUUACCCAAUAACAUGAUUCAUCAGGUGCCAAUCAAAUCCCUCCCUCAAGAAUGGCUCUGGUGUGAAACGUGGUGUGAUGAUGCUUCUAAGAAAAGGGCAAAAACCAUUGAUUUGUGUAAUAACCCAAUGACCAAAGAGCCCAAGCUGGAAGCAGCGGUGCGAAUCGUCCCCGAGUGGCAGGACUACGAUCAGGAGAUCAAACAGCUGCAGACCCGAUUCCAGCAGGAGAAAGAAGGGGGAGCACUCCCUGAGGAGCACACAGAAGCACCGAGCCGAGCAGGACCUCAGAAACGUGAAGAAUUAUGAUCUCUGGAGGAGGAUAGGAAAUUACACCAUUUGAGAAACAAUUUUUAUACUAAAUGCUAGUUUUUUCUGAUCUGUCUAUACAACUGCUGAUAAACCGGCUGGGCAGGUGUGCCGCACCUUUUGAUUUUGAGAUUUGGUCUUGACCUCUGCACGUUGGUUGGCGCAGGAUCUUUGGGGUGAAGGUUCUGUUGGAUUUGUACCUCAGAGGAAGACAAGUGGCUGAUCUUUUGGGACUCUGUAAAGAGCAUUCUUCUAACCAGAGCAGGAAAUGGCAGCAGCAACUGGAAGAAAAUGAGUCCUCUGGUACCCGCACCUAGAGCGCAUGCAUGCUGCGUUGUGACAGGAAGCUGGCCAGCCAGCACCACCAUGUUCUUCUUUACCUCAGUUUACCUGCAGUCCACGCUGCACUGCAGAUGCCCACCCUGCACUGGGCCAGGCUGGCAGAAGCUUUGUCCAAGGCCCACCCCCCUCAAGGUUUACGCCGAUGUGCUUGUGCCUCCCUGCCUUCUCUCCCAAGUGUUAGGUGCAUUGUUUAAUGGAAACCCAACCAAUCAGGUGUCUUCAGGGCUGGCUUGGUGCGGUGGCUAAGCUGACUAAUUGGGGCCAGGAUGGGGUGGGUUGGGAUGAGGGUAGGGAGAGUAUCAGGAGUAGGAGGGCUCUGGGGUAUUGGGGAAAGGGAGGAAGACCAGAAAUUGGCCAUUCUCUUUUAUAAACCAUUAGUACCAUCGUGGCUAUUUGAGAAGAAAAUCUUACUCCCCACCAAACCCUAGUGAACUUUCUAGGCAAUUGUUGUGUAAACAAUUUUCAUAUUUGUCAAAGUUUUUGCUUUUCUUCCCACUUUCUAAAAAAAUGUCUGUUAUCAGUUUCCUUACUGGAUACAGCCAUACUAUAAGCCCCUCUAGUGAUCAUCUCAGAGGGCUCAGCGCUCCCUCCGCAUGGUCACUACAUCAUGUGUCCUUGCCUGCGUGGGAUUUUCUCUCAGACCCGGGGACUGAUGGGUUAGACCUUUCUCUACAAAAUGCUCCCAGCUCUAAGGCCAGGAAAGAUUCUGACUGUGGAACUUGUGAUUUUCUAUUCACCGUCCUAUAUUCCUUUUUCUUCAGCACUGUGGGUUGCUUUUGGCACCCACACUGGUUGCCCUUGAAUCCUUGUGUUGUAUGUCUUCACUUUGACAGCCCAGCAGUUGUCCCUUGGAGAACAGCAUUUGCCAGUGAACGGCUGUCGAGGCCUUGGGUGUGGUGGUGGCCUGAGCGGGCGUGAAGCUGCAGUGUCCUGGCUCGGCCCCUGCCCAGGCUGCCAGCGCAGCAGCAGCAGAUGGGCAUGCGCCUGCUUCCAAGGCACCCAGGCCUUUCCUUUCCUAUUUUGUCUGCUUUUAAAAAAUAGGGUGCAGAUGGCUAGCUAAGCCCUCACUCUUCUAAGCCAGGUAAUGUAUUGAUGUGCAGUCUUUGUUAAAAAUCAUAUUCUUAUCACAAAUAUCAAGGAAUUUGUUUUUCCCAUUUUCAAAUGCAAAAGUUAGCUUAGGAAAUGCAAGUGUUAGCCAGUCAUUCUGAAGGAUAUUUUGACUUUGCUUUCAUAAUUCCAUUAAAAAUUGGGGAGGGGAGAGCUUAAAAGCAAAUUAGAUAAACUGAACUGAGACUGAAUGUUGCUCAGAAUGGCUGCUGUUGACAAAGGCUGUAGCAUGAUUUCCUUCCAUCGUGCCCCUCACCUGGCCAGAGCAGCUGAAGAGAUAGGAUCAGUGAGAUUAAAAAACAUUGGUUCAAGCUUCAUCUUUACAUUUAAUUAAGCCUUCAGAGAGGCUGCUGCUGCUACUUUCUACAACCAUGGACAAAAAUGCACAUUUUCCCAGUUUAUUGUCUGGGAAGUCGAACAGGAAAUAACUGGAGUCACUAGGAUAUGCUCUGUAGAUUCUGGUUCCUGUGAGACGUGGAACCGGCCACCUUUCCCUGUGUCUUCCUGCUGGUCUCUUGUGCAUUCACGAGGAAGGUGCAGAGUGCACUGUGUUCUCCGUGUGGUUUAUGUGCUCUGGUGUCACUUGCUGCCCCUUCCCCGUCUCCUCUCUGAUUGAAGUCAGGGUCAUAGCUGACUCUGAAUAAGGCAGGACCCAGCUUGCUUCUGAAAUGGUCUAGGGCCCUCCUCCUGCCAGUUUCUUUUUUUGGUUCAUGUGGCAUAAUCACCUUUCAAAAUUAACCGAAUCCCUAGGAAAUGAUGUUACUGCUAAAAUGUGGUCUUGGUCAGCUGUGUCUGUUGUCUGUGCCCUGAGAAUGCACACUGGGACUGAAAAGAUAGGUAACAGAGAUUUUCUCCAGGAAGCAAGAAUUGAUUAUGUUGAGUGUUCGAGCUUCUGGAAAGUGUUCACAGUGUGUUGUUCUUAGCCAUCAUUUUUAUGUAAUGGAUUUUCUUUUUUUUUUUUUUGCUCUCAAUCAUGCUGUAGUGGAAAAUUUGCUUUGUGAAUAAGUGGCUGAGUAAAAUGAAAAUGUGCUCUGUCAGAACCACAUGAAGCAACAGGAGCCUGUUUCUAUGUUCUGUAAACAGUGACAUUUGAUUGACAUCAGAGCAUGUCACAGCCUGCUACUGGGGCUGCGGGGGCAUGCCAUGGCUAGGGUGCUGAAUGCUCACCACUUGGAGGGUGAUGGCAUGUUGGUUUUCCAUACGAAUGAUAAAGUUGUGAAUCUGUCAAAAUGUUGCAUUUCGAAUUGAACAUACAGAUGUUUGCGUUUCUACUAAGUGCACAAGAAUCAUGGUGAACUCAACUCUUGGGAGAACAUAGAUUACAUAUACUAUGUGUAUUAAGAAACAUUUUCCAUGCAUGGAGCUUAAUUUCCUCUGCUGUCCUGAAGCCCUCGUGUUCAGAACCAUGUCACAGCUCUGAGUGAAGGGCUGGGUGCUAGGGAUGGUAGCGCAGCUUUUGGAAAACACUGGCCCAGGUGAUGAGGAGGAAAGAUAUCCCAUAGUUUCCUUCCGCCAGGAAUCAUAGUUUAUUGACCUCAUAAUUUGAAACAGGUCAGGCACAACCCCUUAUAGCAAUGAGGUUAAAAUGACUCCGUUUCUCCCCACCUCCCCCGUGAGUAAAUUCAGAUACUUGAAAGCGGUCCUUUUCUAAAACUGCCAUGCCUGAUUUGGCCUGAAUGAUUAAAAGAAAUAAUUCAACUCAAGAGUUAACAUGGACCCAAAAAAGUUAUUAAUUCAUGUUUUCUCUGAUGUAGUGAGCAAAAGGUCUUAAUCAGGACCUUGGUAAUUACCUGAUUGAAUUUAAGCAAAUUAAACGUCAUUAACUCAGGUGGUUAUUGAUAUUUCAGAGCAUCUGGAGGAUACACAUUUCUCAUUCAUUAUUUGGUCUUUCAUUUAAUACAGAAGCAACACUCCUGGGGGGAGUAGUGGCAGUGAGUCAGCAAGUUGAGUGGAGGCUCUUGCUCCCUCAGGGUGUUGAGUACUGACAAUUUACAAAAACAAACCACAAAAUCAGCUUCAAGAGGCUGCAUGCUCCCUGGAGGUAGUCCAUAAAGUCUAAACUCCAUGGCAAUGGUUUUUCAAGCAAGAGGUGCUUUCAUGACUCUUUCCCUACACCCAGCAGGGCAGAGGCCAAAUGAGGAAGGUUUGCUGGGACAGAGUUAGUGUCUGGAGCUGAGGCCCCGUCCCACCGGUAUUGUAUGCAUUGCCUUACUGUAGAUUUCCAGAGAGAUGGGCAGGAUGCCUCUUAACAACAAGCAAAAUACAUUAACCUGAGGUUGACAAUUUGAGAACAAAAGGUUAUCAAGCACCAUGUUUUCCAACCAGUUAUCCAUGGAAAUAACAAGGUAAACACGGAAAAAUGGAGAAAAUGUUAGAAUUUUUAAAGAAACUAUGUACUUUAAAAAAUCUUCUUUAUGAAUAUCCAAUUUUACUGUAAUCCUGUUCCAUUAAAUGCAACAUAGUGUUCAGGUGCUGCCCCUUGCUUGGGAACAGCAUUGGGGUCUUAAAUGUCUGCAGAAUGUCUGCAUCUGAAGAGAACUGAGAAUGAAUUUCCUGGUACUGUAAUGAAAAUAAGGUCUGCUCAACACAAUAAACUUUUUCCUCUGUUCUUUAAAA